AUGAAAGGGGAAAACUACAGAAUUGCACUAACACAAAAUGCUCGUCCCUUUGCUGUGGCAGCCCCUCGUAGAGUGUCCGCUCCAUUAUUGAGCAAAGUCAAAGAAGAAUUGGAUCGACUGCAUUCUGAGGGAAUAAUUGAGCCAGUGGUAGAACCAACAGACUGGUGUGCACCAAUUGUUGUUGUACCGCGUAAGACAGGUGAUAGAGUGAGGCUAUGUGUUGAUUAUACCGAACUCAACAAAAGCAUUCAGAGAGAAAGGUGGCAACUACCAACUGUAGAAGAAAGUCUAAGUAAAUUAGAAGGCGGACAAAUAUUUUCAUUACUAGACGCUACAAAUGGAUUUCUUCAAAUUCCCUUACAUCAUGAAAGUUACAAGCUUACGACUUUUAUAACUCCUUUUGGGCGAUUCUUUUUCAAGAGGUUACCAUUCGGUAUUAAUUCUGGCCCAGAGGUUUACCAGAAGAGGAUAUACCAAGUUUUGGAUGGACUGGAUGGGGUAGUAAACCAAGCAGAUGAUAUACUUGUGGUCGGUAGAACACAGGAAGAACAUGACCAUCGACUAGCAAAUGUAUUACAAAGAUUGAGAGAACACAAUGUUACACUUAAUAAAGAUAAAUGUAACAUUAAUGUGAACAGAGUUAGAUUUCUAGGACAUUUGAUUGAAAAUGGAUUGAUAAAGCCUGAUCCUGAGAAAGUGGAGGCCAUUAUGAAAAUGCAAACCCCAAAUAAUGUUAACGAGCUUCGGCAAUUUCUUGGCAUGGUUAAUUAUUUGAUGAAGUUUAUUCCUAACUUGGCUGAAGUUACAGCUCCAUUGCGAAUUUUACUUAAGAAAGGUUAUCAGUGGGUUUGGUCUGACGUUCAAAAGAGUGCUUGGGAUAAAAUUAAAUCCCUAAUUUCUUCAAAUCCAGUUCUGGUGUCUUACAACAAAAAUCGUAAAACCAGAGUUGCAGCUGAUGCCUCGUCAUUUGGCCUAGGAGGGGUGAUUGAACAAUUUGUGGAUGGAAAGUGGAAACCAAUCACCUAUGCAUCGAGAUCUUUAUCACCGACAGAGAUGCGUUAUGCUCAGAUAGAAAAGGAGGCACUGGCACUGACUUGGGCAUGUGAGAGAUUUUCACAGUAUGUUUUAGGAACAGAGUUUGAACUUAUGACUGACCAUAAACCUUUAGUUCAGGUGCUUGGAAGUAAACAAAUCGCUAGUUUAUCGGCAAGACUUCAGCGGUUAAGAAUGAGAAUGGCUUGUUUUAGAUAUAAAGUAACAUAUGUGAAAGGAAAGGAAUUUUAUGUACCAGAUGUUUUGUCUAGGAACCCCAUUAAGUCAAAUGAAGAACAUGAAGACAUAUUGGAACAAGAUUUGUUUGUUCAGAGUAUUAUAGAUGCUAUUCCUUGUUCUGACAAAAGGCUCAAGGAAAUCAAAGAAGCUCAGGAUACUGAUGAGGAAUGCGGAAGAAUUAAAUCCUGGAUUGUGAAUAACAAUUGGAAUAAAAAUUCGGUGUAUUGGAAGUACAGGACUGAUCUAAACAUCAGUAAAGGAUUCCUCCUUUUAGGCACCAGACUGUUUAUUCCAAAAUCGUUGAGAAAGGAAAUACUGAGUAAAAUACAUGAAGGUCACAUGGGAAUUGUCAAAUGUCGAAGGCGAGUGUAUGAAUCGGUGUGGUGGCCUGGCUGCUCAACAGAUAUUGCUACACUUGUAACAAAUUGUCCAGUUUGCUUGGAGCAAAGAAGUAACAAAUCAGAACCAUUACUGUUGACUGAACUACCAAAAAAUCCCUGGGAGUCUUUAGGUAUUGACCUUUUGAAAUGUAAUGCAAAAUGGUAUUUAGUUGUGCAAGAUUACUAUUCUAGAUUUCUUGAACUGGUUUAUGUGGAUGCAUUGACUACUGGAGCUGUGGUUGCUAGAUUGAAAAAUAUAUUUGCUCGACAUGGAGUACCAUAUGUGGUAAGAGCUGAUGGAGGUCCGCAAUUUACUUCUCAGGAUUUUAAAAAUUUUUCUGAAGAAUAUGGUUUCCGUAUAGUGACAUCAAGCCCAAGGUAUCCACAAUCAAACGGAGAAGCAGAAAAAGCAGUUGACAUAGCGAAGCGGAUUCUAACGAAAUGUAGUGAUCCAAAUCUUGGAUUGUUAGAAUAUAGAAAUACACCCUUAGAGUCUGGUCUUUCACCUGCAGAGUUACUUUAUUCACGGAAGCUCCGAUCAACAUUACCGUCAAUAAAUAACUUCAGACAGGUAACAAGGGAAAGAUUGCAAAAGUUUAAAGAGAAGGAUUUUUCAAUCAAGGAAAGAAAUAAGAGAAACUACGAUGUAAGGAAAGGUGUAAGAGAUCUCUCACAGCUUGAUCAAAAUGACAAAGUUUGGAUUCCAGAUUUAAAACGUUAUGGACAUGUUGAGAAUAAAUCAAAUCAUCCUCGGUCCUACCUGAUAAAUACACAGGCAGGGAAGAUCAGAAGGAACAGGAGACAUAUAAUAGCUGUGCAUAGGCCUAUUGAAAAUGGUGGAAAUAGAUUUGAACACCAAUACCAAGAAGACCAAGGAACUGAAACUGAUGCUGGACAUAAUUACAAUAGCAAUGAAAAUGACAGACCUAAAAGAAGUGUAAAACCACCUCAAUACCAAGAAGACCAAGGAACUGAAACUGAUGCUGGACAUAAUUACUAUAGCAAUGAAAAUGACAGACCUAAAAGAAGUGUAAAACCACCUCUUAGAUACAGUGAUUCAGAUUUUUACAAAUAA